AUGGCAAAAAUCGACUCAAAGCACAUGCGUCCACCUUCCUGUAGACGUAUCGUUUGGGUCGCAUAUGCCAAAAUAUGUACAAUACUUAUACCAGAUGCUGCGCUCAUCUACUUUUCAAAUGGCAGACUUGCUACAAAAGUGAGACGAAAGGCUUGGAGGGAGAAAAUGGCCCUCCUGUUGACAUUGACCAUGAUAGCUGCUGCAUUCUGCUUCUGGUUGGAAUUCAUCACAACACUCUUCUGCGACCCACCACCGACAUACGAUUAUACCCAAGUGUACAGUAACACCUCUGAAUCUUCAGCAAUCAAUGGAGAUGUGGUGAAUUGGCACGACCUGGAUGACACCUCAGAGAUGGUUCAGCAAGUCAACAAAUAUCCGCAUUACGAUUUAUCGCCCAUGUUCCCGAGUUUUAUGGCUUUACAGCGGCCUGACGAUCAGACAUACUACAACAAUAGAUAUGUGGACGAUUGUAUAAACGGAUUUAAUAAAUCGACUGAAGCGGAUAAUUGGCUAUCUCACAAAUUGGCAACUGAUCCCGGCUAUGUGUUCAAAAACAACAGACUUCAGUCUUGUCCAUUACCCUAUCAGCGCAACAAAACAGGAACACCAUGCUUCUAUUCCAUGAUUUCAAAGGAGGAAUACAUGAGAUAUCCGAAAAAAGGCUCCCUCAAGUUCAAUGUGGAUGAUAUUUACCACAAUUUUUCAUCAUUACCUCAUGCCAAUGUGCCCGGCCAAGCAUUCGUAAUCUUGGACAGCAGAGUGCUGGAUGUUACAGACUAUCUGGAGGCAGUGACAAAUAUCGUCAAAGUGACAAAUGGAGCCUAUUCUCGAUCGUUUGCUCUCGACCGCAUGUUUCUACCGCUCGAUCUCACGAUUUUGCUAUUCGUGCACAUGGGAGAAGACAUCAGCGCAAAAUUCCAUUCCGAAAUUCUUCAUUCAGAGAGGUACAAGGAAUGUUUAUUUCAGCUAUUUUACCAUGGCGUGAUUGACGGCACUGAAGACGAAGGAUGCUCGCACAUCAACCUGGCAUUGUGGAUCACCAUGGGCUGCUUUUUGCUGUAUUUUCUGCUAAAGAUGAAUCUAGCCAACCUGUCGAGACUCAAAUUCAUGCAGCAUUUUCUCUACAAGUCAGUGCCCACAUCAGCCAUGGCCACCAACACCAAAGCGCUUCGACAGACGUUUUCCACCGUGGACAAUACCAGAUACCUGCUGCCCUACACCCUACUAUUUAUUCCAUGUUACGCAGAAUCUUCCGAAGCACUUCGACAGACGUUCGAUUCCUUGGCUCGUACAAGUUAUCCCGAUACCCGCAAACUGCUCUUUUUUGUAUGUGACGGAUUGGUCAAGAGCCGUUCGGAUUCUAAAGAAACCUAUUUAUGUAUUUUGGAUGCAUUGGGCUAUAGUUCCACCGAAGACCGUGAACCCAGAGCUUACAUUUCGCUGGGCCAAGGCUCGAGAAGAGUGAAUUAUGCCAAAGUCUAUGCUGGAUUUUACGAGUCAGGGCGUAAUCGGGUACCGUUUCUGAUGAUUGUAAAGGUGGGCGCACCAAAUGAGGCUCUUUCCACUGCAAGAGCUCCGGGAAAUCGUGGAAAAAGAGACUCUAUGGUCAUUGUGUUGAGUUUUCUGGAGCGUUGCAUGAAUCUUGCUCACAACCGAAUCACGCCUCUGGACUUUGAGCUAUUUAAUCUCUGCUACAAUCUGCUGGGCAUUGAUCCAAGGGAGUUCAAGUACAUGUUGGUGACAGACGCAGAUACACAGGUGCAGGACGAUGUUGUAAUUCGAAUGGUAUCAAGAUUGGAAGCAGAUCCCAAGAUACUGGCCAUCAAUGGACACAUUAGACCCGCAAAUCCGGAGGAAAACAUUGUCACCAUGCUCCAGAUUUUUCCUCUGUACAUGACAUUUUAUUCUGGUUUGGCCUACGAAGCUUGUCUGGGCCGGGUUACUAUAAUCAAUGGUGGGUUUGUCAUGUACCGUAUCUGGACAGAGUCAUCUGGCAACCACGCACUGUGUCAUCCAGUGGGUGAUACAAGUCUUAUCAGUAGUACAAACUCCAGUCCCUUCAAUGCCAACGUCAACGAAAGCAUCAAACUGAAACGAGUCCAUGGUACGGCCCCUGACGCCACGACGGCAAUUUCCACUGCAAAGCCUGCUCAUGUACUGCCCAACAAGUGGCCUAAAGUCAGUGAUGAAAUUGUCAUAUUGCCAACCGAUUCUACCGUUUUGAAAGCCCCAAAUGAUGCUGUAUUCGACGAUGAGGAUGGCGACGAAGAUGACGAUAAUAGCAGCAGUGAUGAUGAUGUGACAACAACUACUACCAACACAACCAUUACCACCACGUUUCGUAAAAAAGCCAGCUACAGAAGACGUUUAUACAAGAAGAAGAAAAAGAUGGCGUCGCAAUCGGCACUCUCCCUUUUACCCAAUGCCAAUGUCCAGCCAUGUUGUAUUAAGCCUGCUGUCUUGCGAGGCUUUGCAGCACCAAGACCUGAUACCAUGCACAUGGAAAAUAUCCUUUUGCUUGGUGAGGAGCAGUAUUUUGGCAUUGUUCUACUGCGCUCCAAUCCACAGUACCGUUUCGCGUUUGAGCCUGAAGCGAUUGCUUAUGCUACUCUGCCUACCAACUUUUUCGCUCUUCAAGCACUGCAAAUUCGAAACUUGCGGGUUGCUUUCAAUACGCAAGUCGAAUUCCAGCAUGUUGCCAAGCAUCUGGGACUGAUGUACUGGCUGAUAUCAUUCACCAAACUGCUAGACAUGAUAUUCUCAACGCCCAUUAUUGUCUACCUCUACACCAUCUUCAUUCGUUAUUUCAUAUACAAAGACUUGGCUUAUGCCAUUAUCGCUGGUUCAUUUACAUGUCUCAUUGUGCUCCAUAUCUUUUACUUUGUCAUCCGACGUCAAUUCAAGUAUGUCUUGUGGUUUUGCAUCUAUGGUCUUUUCUCUGUACCUAUUUUUGGUGUCUACUUCCCCAUUCUGGCCAUCUGGUAUUCGGACUAUGCGUAUCGGUGGUACGAUGUAUGGCCAACACAGAUAGGAGGCUACCACAGUAGGCUGCAUGGCAUCGUAAUGGAUGAACAAACGGAAGAAGAAUCCGUGUUCCAAGAAGAAGCUGAAGCAGAGGAUGUGGUUACUCGCAUGAGAUUAGCUGAUUUCGAAGUGUUGGAGGCUGAAAAGACGGCACAGCGCGAAAAGGAACAGGCCGAGAUUCUGGAUGCUAAGUUUAGUGGCUUUACGGGUUACGUUAGUGCGGCGGCUGCUGCUGCUGCUGCUGCUGCUGUUGCUGCUGCUAAUGGAAAUGUCAGUGGACACACCAGUAAACCGUCAUGGUCUUCUUCGCGUGCUUCCAGGGUAGAGACUCCCAACUCGUUGAUCUCAUCGCCUCCUUUGGCUCAAGUCAGGAAUGGUAUGAAAAUGAGGGAUGGUCACUCGAGAUUUGCAUCCGAAGACGAUGCUCGGUUGUUACUGUCACCUAGCAAUAACAACAGAUCUUCAACGCCUCGCACUUCCUCCAUCAACAGUAUUACUAGUAGCCCACAAAACCCUUUUGUGUCUGCACUCGAUGAUCCAUUCGAUGAUGUUUAUGAAGAUCCCCUGAAUAUUAGCAAGCACAAACGGACAGCCUCAAAUAACGCCGGCUUGGUUGCUGCCGCUGUGACGAAAGCUUCGUCCAUGAUUCAUCACAAAGCAAGUAGCUCUCAAUCUUCUUACUUUAGUAGAGCCUCCUUCAAUGCUGGUUCUGACUAUCCGUACUAUCCGAACGACAUGUUUGUGCCUACAUCAACACAAGAUGCAACGAAUGACACGUCUGGUGGUUUUGCAGCUCUGCAACACCGUAUUCGAUCGUACUCUGCCACGUCUGCAUCAUCUGCUGUUGCUGCUGCUGCUUCUGCUGCUGCUGCUUCUUCUACAAGCCUUCGUCAUCCUCAUUUAGCUUACCCACCUCCACGCAGACCAUCAAGCCAACAGUUCAAUACGCAUUCUCCGUCAUACCCUCCUCCACCACAAUUCCAUUUGGAAGACAAUAGAACACUGGAUGCAGAGGGAAAAGAAAAAGAGGAAGAAGGAAAUUUGAUGAACGAUGAUCUAAUCACAGACUCUGCUUCAGUUAUAUCACUCAACCCCUCUCUCUCCAAUUCAGUCAUCAGUCUGGGACGCGAUGCUCCCACGUUGGAACAAGAAGAAGCCCAUUAUACAAGCCCCCAUUAUAUCUUGAGUGGUCGACAAAACCGUCGUUACAACUAUUCACUUUACGACCAUCAUGUUUCUGAAGGCAGAAACGCACCUGUACAUUCUAGAAUCGCCUCGAAGCAACAACAACCUUGA